CGCGAAUUGACGAUAUGUCGCCCUUCGUCAACGACAUGGACUUCAGCGAUCCUUUCGGAUACUGCAAUCAGUACAUUGCCAGCGACUCCUCGUCCGCGUCCUCUCACAGUCCCAGCGCGAGUCUCAUUGAUGGUCUGCAGAGGAACUUCAGCGACAUGGCAAUGGCGUACUCGAGUCAGCGUCAGGACAUCUUCCCGAGAAGCGACAGCGACUGCAAGGCGGCGCGCGAGGCGAUCUACAGUCGUCCUGGCGGCAGCGGAGGCGUGGAUGUGUUCAAGAGGAGGCGUCUGGCCGCCAAUGCUCGCGAAAGACGCCGCAUGAACAAUCUGAACGAUGCCUUUGAUCGUCUUCGCGAGGUGAUUCCCUCCCUGGGCAGCGACAGGAAGCUCUCCAAGUUCGAGACUCUUCAGCUCGCGCAAGCCUACAUUUCCGUCCUCGUGGAGCUCCUGAGCAGAGACUAAUGUAAAUCCAUCGAUAAACUGACUAGAUAAGUGUGUAAAUGUUACUGAUUUUCGUGCAAUCUUAAUGUUAGAGCGUGUGCUUUAUUGUUUUAUUGAAAUAAGAAUUGAACAAUAAAUGGAA